CCAUAUAAUCGAGUUUACGCUUCUUCGUUGCAUGUGAUUCAUGCUCGAUUGUAGCGCCUCAUACAACACGAGGCCAGGAGACGUAAAACUGCCGUUCUCGCAAUUGCGGGUAAUUUUUCAAGCCUUUUGCACGCGUCCAUCAUGGCAUCCGCUGAAGAAUUGAGCGUCUCCGCCCUUGUCUACGACUAUUUAUUAAAGAAGGACGCAUCCUUAGCGAAAGUGUUCCAAAAGAAGACAAAAGCGCCUGCAUUGCCCAAAGGUGCACCAACAAUACAAGAAGUAUGUCAAUAUUUUCAAAAAACCUCACCGAAAAAGAUUCACAUAAAAGCCCAGGUUAAAGAUAGUAGUUCAGAUUCAAGUUCAGAGAGCGAAGAGGAAACUCCUAAGAAACCACAGAUAAAUGGAAAGCCUGCAGUUAAUGCUUCAGUGAAUAAUAAACAAGAAUCUUCUUCAGAGGAUAGCUCAAGUGAAGAUGAAAAACCUGCACCGAAAGUUGUAGCAAAGAGUAAAACUACUGUUAAAACACCUUCUAAAGCAGCACCCGUAAAGAAAAAAGAAAGUUCAGAUGAGAGUUCUUCCGAAGAGGAGGAGACGCCAGUAGCAGUAUCUACACCAAGAGUACAACAGGUAUCUAAAUCACAAGAAUCUUCGGAUGAAUCUGACUCGGACAGCGAAAAAGUAUCUAAGGCAAAUGUAACUGCAAAAACAAAAUCAAUAGCAACACCUCAAGCCAAGAGUGUAUCUAGUAAAAAAGAAUCUUCAAGCGAAGACAGCAGUAGUGAAGAAGAAAGUCCAGUCAAGCCUGUAUUAAAUAAACCAAUAUCUGCUGUAAAACCACUUGCGAAGAAAGAGGAAUCAUCCAGUGAUGAUGAUUCUUCAGAGGACGAAGCUCCUACACAACCAGCAGUUAAAGUUAAACCAACUGUACCAGCUACUAAAAAUACUACAAAGCAGGAAUCAUCUAGUGAUGAUUCUGAUGAUUCAUCAGAUAACACAGCAACUCCAAAGCAAGCUAGUAAACAAGUGCCACAGAAGAAAACGUCUGUUCAACAAAAGAAGGAAGCUGUGAAACCUCAGACACAAGGCAAAGGUAAACCAAAAGUCACAGUUACGAAAGAAGAAUCAUCUUCUGAUGACGACAGUAGCGACGAUGAAACACCCGCUAAAAAGACCUCUACCCCUGCACCAACACCGGUAGCAACAAAGAAAGUUACAGUUAAAAAGGGAGAAUCUUCAUCAACUGAUGAUAGCAGCGAAGAGGAGCCAUCAGCGAAAAAAACCGUUCGCCCACCAACACCAGCAGCUGUAAAAAAUGUGCCUGCCAAAAGAACAGCGUCUUCUUCUGAUGACAGUAGCGAAGAAGAUGAACCAUCUGCGAAAAAACCUGCUCCUGCUAAAUUGGUAACACCUGCUAAAACUGUAGUACCAAAAAAAGCAGAAUCUUCCAGCGAAGAUUCUGACGAUUCCGAAGAAGAGCAGAAACCAGCCGCAAAGACAGUACCAUCGAAGCCUGCAGUUAAGAAGGCAAAAUCUAGUUCUGAUGAUUCAGAUGAAUCUGAAGAUGAGAAACCAGUUAAAUCAGCAGUCCCUACGCCAGUAGGCAAAGGUACUGUUAAGAAAGAGUCUUCAAGCGAAGAUUCUGAAACAGACUCAUCGGAAGAUGGGAAGACAAAAGCUGCACCUGUAGUCAAAACUACCCCAAAAGCAAUAGCUAAGGCAGAUUCAGACUCAGAAGAAAGUGAGUCUGAUGAAGAACAACCGAAAGUGGCACCCGUUCAAAAAACGCCAGCGAAAGGUGAGAAGAGGAAACAUGUAGAGAUAGAACAGGAAGAUGAAGAUACGGAAAAACUGCCCAUGAAAGCACAGAAAGAUAAUUACAACAACUUUGUGAAGGCGAGCAACAGUUUAAACGAAGACAAGCGACCAAAAAAUUCACCGUUUCGUCGUGUAAAGGACGAUGAGUUUGACUUGGAUCCGAGAUUGGCAAACAAUUCAUUUGAGGCGAAGAGAGGUGCUCGUGGCUCGUGGGGAGAGAAAGCAAAUAAGGACCUUAAAUUCACAAGGGGAAAAUCAUUUCGUCACGAAAAGACAAAGAAGAAACGCGGUAGCUACCGUGGAGGUCAAAUAGAUAUUAGCGUCAAUUCUAUUAAAUUCGAGGACUGAGUGUAUUUUGUAGAAUAUGGUAGAUAUGUUUCAAUGUCAGUGUACGUAUAAGUUACGCGAGAAGUUUUCUUUUCUCUUAAAUACUUUCUUAGUAUUCUUAAAGUUACGACAUUUUUUAUCUUUGAAUAUUACGAAAUUACGUGGAAAUAUAAAUAUAUAACUCCUUCGUUACAUGAUCAAAAGUUUGUUUGGAACCAUGUCAAAUUGUUCCCACGUAGUUUUGUUUGAUUGAUAUCGCUAAGACUGUCAUCUUGAACGUAUCCAUUGAAAAUAUAUCCACUACUAUUUUAAUACAAGAAUAGAUUGCGAGAGCUACUUCGAUACUAAUGUUACUGUAUUAUAUAUUGAUUAAUGUUUAUUGCAAUAUGUAACUUUAAUGUAAAUUUAUCGUUCCUAGAAUUAAUAGGAAAUUCGAAAGGCAUCACUCGCAUCUGUUGUCAUCAGAGCUCAGAUGAAGAACAUUUGAGUAAUCCCCAUUCCUGUUUGUCAGUGAAAUCGAUAAGAUACAUUUCGGACGUAAUGUAGUGCCAGCUUUUAAACAGAAAGUAGUUUCGACAUUGCUUUUUUACAAGUAGCAUUAAGACCUUGAAGACGCAUACACUUGACAACUGAUAGUUUUGAAAUAUAAAACGCAAAUGAACAAACUGAGAACUUGUUUCAAAGAAUGAAUUUUUGUAACUAGGUAAAACAGUUGAAUAAAGAAUAAGUAAAAGAAAAAUUCGAAUUCGAAUUUACGUGUACAUAAAGGACGCGGUAUCGGACGGCAGUCACCUUCAGACUCAAUCUUACCUUCGGGUCGCUAUCGCGUCCCUCAAUGAAUUUCAAAAGUACCAUCGGACAUACAACAUCAGUCAUACUUUUCAUUGUUAAUUUAAAAAUAUGUGCACUUUGUAUAUUAUAAUACAACAUUUAUAAAGUGAACGUACUGCUAAUAA